AUGAUGGCAUUAUCCAAUUAUGAAUAUGGAGGGACAACUUUCGAGGAAUUGAAUCAUUUGGCCGAACAAAGGGAAAAGGUCCCUCGGCCAUCAGCCGAACCAAACGUCAACCGUAUUUUCACCACACUCAAACCUAAUACAGAAGAAAUUUCCCUGCAACAAUUCCAUGCUGUUGAAAGCACAGAUCUCGAGAAGGAUUUCCCAAAACCACCUCCAGCGCCAUUCGACAAACGAUUACGCGAUGAUGUUGAGAAUGGAGGAGCGGAGGGGAAUCCAUUUGAAGAGAUUGUCACUCGAGCACCCCUUGGAUUUCAGAGAAUGAGGAAAAGAGUUAGGAUGCACAAUGAAGAUUUCUCGGUACCGAGAUUUCUUUCCCGAUCCUCAAUAAUUCACCCCUCAACCAAGCCACCGCCAACUACAACAAAAACACCAAUUAAUGAUCCAAAAGAGGGUUUUGAAGAUGUAUUUGUGAUGCCGCAUGCUCGUAAGCUGCAACAACGAGAUUUUGACUAUGAAGAUCACUUGCAGAGUGAAUGGGCAAAGAAAAAUGAGGCAAAGAUGAGCUACAGGAGGCAUUCCGGACAGAAUAUGACUACCCCAGAACAAGAGGAAAUGGCUGCAAGUUAUCGAAUGAUCAAAGGGAAAUUACAAGGGGAAACAGUUGUGGACAGUUACUGUACUGUUUUUGACGUCGGGAAAGUAUCAGCAAAGAAAUACAUAUGCACAUCG